CCGGAAGCGGGAGACGCGCGAGGAAUUGUGGUUCCACGUGUCCCCCUCCUGCUGCUGCUGCCCCUCGCUCCUGCUGCCCCGUGGCUGCCGCUGCUGCCGCCGCUGCUGCUGCUGCCCCCCACCCAACGACCCCCCUUCCCUCCUUCCCAACACCCCCUGUCCGACCAACAUCUAAGGAGCCAUGGGCAGACGUCUCGACCCCAGCAAGAGGGUCCUCAAGGGCCCCGGGAGAAAGAGCAAGAAGCAACGCGGAGCGGAGACCGAGGUGGCUUGGGCCCUGCGCAAGGACCUGGGUGUGGGGGUGAAGCUCUCAAGUCACGGGCGGAAGAGAGCUGCAAAGCGUUUUUCCAAGGAGGUCAAAAAGGUUGAAAACAAAUCUGGAUUUUCCAAACCCAAGAAGCAGCUGCUGAGUGUUGGAGUGACCCAAGAUGAGGAGGACGACGACUCCACGGGCGAUGGCGCGGCUGGGUCCGACGAUGAGGAGUUGUCGGGGGCUGACUCGGCAGACGACGCCAUCCUGGAGGUGAAGAGGACCAAGAUAUACAGCGACGAGAACGCCGCGUGGCUCACGCCCGCCAAGCGCAAGCGGCUCGAUGAUGACGACGAUGACGACGAUGAUGAGGAGUCCGACCUGGAGAAUGUGGACGAGGGGCUGUGCGCUGAUUUUGACGGCUCCGAUGAUGACGACGAUGAUGAUGAAGACGAUGAGCGGGAAGGUGACGAAGAUGGUGAUGAUGAGCUCCUGCCAAUCGAGAAGGCUGCGAAGAAGCAGAGAAGUCGAAUGGAGCAGGCCAAGAAGCUCCUGCAGGAGGAGGACGACGACCUGCAGACCAACAUCGUGGAGAGCGAGCACUUUGUGCUGCCCAGCGGACAGGAGAUUGAGAAGGAAGCCGUUCAGCCGCCCGACCUGCAGAUCAUCCACCAGCGGAUGCAGGACAACCUGGCGGUGCUGGGAGACUUCACGAACCGGCGCGAGCCGGGCAGGACCCGGGAGGAGUACCUGGAGCUACUGAAGCGUGACCUCGCCAUGUACUACAGCUACAACGACUUCCUCAUGAGCCUCCUCAGCGGACUCUUCCCCCUCUCCGAGCUCAUCGAGUUCCUGGAGGCGAACGAGGUGCACCGGCCCGUGACGAUCCGAACAAACACGCUGAAGACGCGGCGCAGAGAGUUGGCUCAGGCUCUCAUUAACCGGGGCGUGAACCUCGACCCCCUGGGAAAGUGGUCGAAGGUCGGCCUCGUCAUCUUCGACUCGUCGGUGCCCGUCGGCGCCACCCCGGAGUACCUCGCCGGGCACUACAUGCUACAGGGCGCCUCCAGCCUGCUGCCCGUCAUGGCGCUCGCGCCGCAGGAGAACGAGAAGCUGCUGGACAUGUGCGCCGCACCCGGCGGAAAGACCUCGUACGCGGCCCAGCUGAUGAGGAACACGGGGGCGAUCAUGGCCAACGACGUGAACUCGGAGCGGCUCAAGAGCGUGGUGGGGAACCUGCACCGCCUCGGCGUCACCAACUCCAUCGUGUGCAACUACGACGGCCGGGCCCUCGCCAAGGUGAUGUCCGGGUUUGACCGCGUGCUGCUCGAUGCUCCCUGCAGCGGCACCGGCAUCAUCUCCAAGGACCCAUCCGUCAAGACCAGCAAGGAUGAGAAGGACAUCCUGCGCUGCGCUCACCUGCAGAAGCAGCUGCUGCUCACGGCCAUCGACUGCCUGGACGCAGCAUCCACCACGGGGGGGUUCCUCGUCUACUGCACCUGCUCCGUCACGGUGGAGGAGAACGAGUGGGUGGUGGACUACGCGCUGCGCAAGCGCAACGUGAAGCUCGUGCCCACGGGCCUCGACUUCGGCAAGGAGGGAUUCACGCGCUUCAAGGAGCGCCGCUUCCACCCGUCGCUGAAGCUGACGCGGCGCUUCUACCCGCACACGCACAACAUGGACGGCUUCUUCGUGUCCAAGUUCAAGAAACUCUCCAAUGACAUUCCCAAAUCCGCCACAGAUGCCCGUGAUGUGGAGCUCUUCCUGGACGAGCAGGAUGACGACGAGGAGGUUGGCUCGGGGCCCGACCCUGCUGAGGCAUCGAAGAAGGCCGCUACCACGGCCGCUGCCGCCGCCAAAAAUGGCAUCCACUCGGCAAAGACGAAUCACAUGAACAAGAGAAGACGUCUCAAUGGCGGGACGGACAACCGACCCGGCCCAAAACAACCACCGAAACAGCAGCAGCAGUCAGGACCAGGACGGGGGCACAAAGGGCAGACUGCGGGGCAGCAGAGAGGGCAGCCGAGAGGACAGUCCGCUCAACGGCCGACCGCCAGCAAGCUUGCAGGACACAUCGGCAAUGCUAAUAAUAAGGGGAAGGCCGUGGGAAAAACCACGGUAAAGGUUGCAGGCAGUGCCACUAGGAUACCUCAGGUAGGUAAGGCUGCGUUCAGGGUCACAGGGAAGGCGACCGGCAAGCCCGGCAAGCCCGGCGGCGUUAAGGCCGGAGGUAAAUUUGGUGGGAAGUCGGCAACGCCGAUCAAAAAAGCCGGGGCAAGCCCUGGGCCCGGCAAGUUCCUUUCUCCCAAACAAUUCCGUAACAAGAAGGGCAAGCCUGCCAAGGUUUAGAGGUCGGAGGUUAAGGGGGGGCGGAGUGCGGUUGCUUACUCUUUUUCCACUGCAUAAGUGAGCCGCGCCGAGGCUGUACCAAACAAGUCUGGCGCGGCUCAGAAGGCGCCAGGUUUUUAUUUUCAACUGCUGGAGCCGAGCCGUGCCGCCGACGUGCCCGCCAACGAAUGAGUAGAGUCGAGACGCGUGUAGAUGAUGCGGCGACAACAUGUCCUUCACGGCGUACUGACACCGCACGCACAAACGCAUUAUUAUGCCCGCUGCCCCUGGCCCUGCUUGGCCCCCUGAGCCAGCUUCAGUCGUCUUGUGAGGUCUGCGUAUUACGGUUUUCAUUCUGGCUCUGCUCGGCAAAUAGCCAGUGGACAACCACCCGUGUACAGCGAGGGCUUGGCGUCAGGCUCGGCUUGGAUGUGCCAGUGGAGAAAGGAUGCAAGUGACGAUUGCGCUACGCUAGAUCAUAGGCCGCGUCGGAAGUGUCCGCUGAAGCUGGGGGUCUCGAUUGUCGUCGCUGACGCAUGCCACUCGAAAUGACAUUCGGCUACUGCGCAUCGUGCUCGGCUUAAACCCCAUUCAGAUUAAUAAUAUUGUUACUCCUGCUGCUGUGCAUUUAACGGCGGUGAGAAUAAAGACUUUUAUGUAGAGA